CUGAGCAUCUGGCAAAUCAGUGCAACAACUGGGACAAAGCAAUGUACAAGUGACUUGUACUUUCACCAGUGACUUGUGGUUUCUCCUCUGACUCCUUCAUGUCUUCCUGUGUCUCAUCAGAGACUUCCUGAUGGCAGAGGAUAAGGAGGGGGUGUUCAAUGCUGACCACUUCCCUCUGUGGUACAAGAGAGCAGCAGAGCAGGUUCCCGGCACCUUCGUCUACUCGAUCCCCUUUGGAGGAAAUGAGAAUAAGAGUGUGGUUUUGGCCAGCACUGCCAUACAACUGCUGGAUGACAGGAAGUCGCCUAUUGUUGCUUCCGUUGGGAUUCAGAUGAAGCUGGAUUUCUUUCAGAGGAAGUUCUGGACCGCUAGUAGACAGUGUGCUGCUCUGGAUGGGAAGUGCACCAUUAGCUGUGAUAAUGAGGACAUCAAGUGUUACCUUAUAGACAACAACGGAUUUAUUCUGGUCACAGAGGACUACUCUCAGACGGGGCUGUUUUUUGGAGAGGUGGAGAGUGCUGUUAUGAACAAGCUGCUUCUCAUGGGCUCCUUCAAAAGGAUCACUCUGUAUGACUACCAGGCUCUCUGUAGAGAGUAUGCUGGCAGCAGUGACAGCGCACGCUCUAUAUCACAUCCCUUCUCCAUGGUGAAAUGGCUCCUGACCAAACUUGUCAUUUUCCUGCUGGAGUUCAACCUUUACAGCUGGUGGCAUGUUGAUCUCUCAGUCAAAGCCCAAAGGUCGAGGGGAAAGACCAUGAUGGUGCCAUGUGACACGGAGUACCCUGCCUUCGUCUCUGAGCGUACCAUCAAAGAGACCACGGGAAACAUUGACUGUGAGGGCUGUGCCAGAUCUUUUGUAAUUCAGCAGAUUCCCAGCAGUAAUCUCUUCAUGGUUGUCGUGGACAACAAGUGUGACUGCAGCUCUGCCCCCCUGGUUUCCAUGGAUCCCAUCGAGAUUAUGAGAAUGCCAUGGAGUGUGGAGGAGCAGCAGGCCUCUCUGCCCCCCUUACAGCAGCACUGCUCCCCCUACUGGCCACUCUCAUUAGCAGGUGACCACACCGGCAUCGAGGCCCACCGUCCUGGACCCAACACUGGACCUAACACUGGAGAGAACGAUAGACAGGCGCGCCAUCAAAUGCUGACAAUGCACAGGGAGCCACGCCAACAAGAAGAACUUACUCACAACUAACUGAGUUGCUUAUUACCAACAGAGAGACGGACCAAUUGUAAAGCAUCUCCCUGACCAGCAGAGAAAUAACAAAUUAGACAUUGUUCAAGAGAAACAGAACAAUAUUCCAAGGGGAAAACAAUAUGGACAUUAGACAGAAAAAAUAUACCUGCGAGCAGCAAUGAACGGGUUUCACAGGAUGACAGAAAGGACACAAGAUCAGUUGGAUAACAAAGCCAGCCCUCUGUGAUGUAGGAACUUUCUUCCGGUAUGUGCAAUCAGUGAAAGCAUUACCAUGUUGAUUUAAAUCUCUGUUGGUUCACUCCACCUUAGCGUUCCAACAUACUUCAAUACACUCUCACAGCUGUAGUACGCUGACUGUGCAAGCGGCAGGAUAGGAAUUUACAGAAUAAAAGAUCCAAUUUUCAAUACAUUCAGACAACAUAACAUGGGCAACAAUAUGUGAUUAUACAGAUAUACUAAUCACAAUAUUUGACAUAAUUUAUUUGCAUGAGACAAAGUCCACUUGAUCAAUAGUUAUUGCUCUAGUAUCAUAUGGUGGCACUGGUGACGAUGAGAUCUAUAGUGCCACCAUUUAGUCUGGUGCAGCCAUCUAAGGUUGCAGUGACUUUAUAUUCACACAGCUUCUAAGGAUAUACAUAAGGUUUACAUACCACAUUUCAUUGCCCCUUGUCCAUCGGCUCAGUUCUUGUAGCCAGUUGCCCAUGGUGAAAUUAUCUGCAAGGCUUGACAUGAACUUUUUCUGCCACUUGUUCUUCAGACAAGUAAGACAGAUUUUUUACUUGUCCGAACGGUUAAGGAGAACUGGCCAAAACUUCCCUCUCUUAAGGUGAGUGCAGUGCAGAUACUUGCAAAGGCUACAAGUCCAGCGUUAAUCAAAGCACAGCUCCCCUGCCACAACCUGCCUGCACUCUCGGCUCUGCCUAUAUCAGUUUCUCAGAGUUCUGGUCAGAGUCUUGUAAGCAGGCACAGGUGUGAGCAAUUAGUUCAUGAUUUAGUGAUAUCUUCCCUUACAAGCUGUCCUACAGCUUCACCACACUAUCCCCAUCCUGGGUGGAAAAGACCGUCCCUGAGUUGUUCCAAAGCCAUGUGGUAACUUUGGACUACGCUGGUGGCUGCCAGUCUUGCACUGGUCAUGCUGCCCGAGACAGUUGGGCUCCUGUUGACCUUCCGCCCACUGAAACAGAUGCUGCUGGUGCUUCCCGUUGCUGAAGAAUGCCAGAAGUACCGUCUCGUAGAUGGUGGAGGUCAGAUGACCCCUAUCGUGUGGCUACAUGCGAGCGAGCAACCCAUCUGACUGGGGAUGAUAAGCAGAGGUCAAGAUGUUCAACACAUCCACAAACUCCUCUGUCCAUUUUGAGAUAUAAUCUCAGUCUACCAGGAUGUACUUGUCCCGUUGGCGGUGUUAGUGAGGGGACCCAAGAUAUCCACUGCUAUACGUUCACACGGCCAAGAGGUGACAGACGGGUUUAGGGGUGCACAGGUCGGCCGCAGUUCACACACUCCUUACACCAUUUUUCUACAUUGUCAAACCACCCCGGCCAGUCGAAACGAUCUUUGGCUUUCCCCUGUAGCUUUUUCACUCCUAAAUGACCCCCUGCUGUUGUGCUAUGUAGCAUGUCCAAAACUGUAGGCACCACAGCUUUGUGGAGGACCACUUGUAUCUUAUAAAUGUCAUCAGAAUUAGGCAAGGGGACACGCACUAAACUCAGCCCUUGCACCUGAAGCUGAUCCCAUACUGGCGCAUAUUAAGGCUUGAUUGCUCUACCUCCCUGUGCUUGUCCCCUAUACUGUACUUAUUUUAAGCUAGAGGAGAAGGCGUAUUUCCGUAUCUUCUUGUUGGGCUUCUGCCAAGUCAUCCCCCACCCCUGCUUCCUGUUCUAGCCAUGCCAGCUGGUUGACAUGCAUCAAUGCGCAAACCGCAGGGCACUGAUCUGAUAUACACUACCGAUUUAAAAGUUUGUGGUCAAGCAGAAAUGUCCUUGUUUUUGACAGAAAAGCACAUUUUUAAUCUAUUAAAAUAACAUGAAAUUGAUCAGAAAUACAGUGUAGACAUUGUUAAUGUUGUAAAUGAUAUUUGUAGCUGGAAAC